ACUACGGGGGCAGGGAUGGCCGUGCGCAUCAUACGUGGACUGGAAGACCUGGUGGCGUCGGGGAGCCAGCUCGUCUGGAACCUGGCGCACGAGACGCUGAGGACGUGGUACAGUCGUGGGCUGAUCCCAUGCAGGCGCCUCUUGGAAUCCUGGUUCAAGAUAGGAAAAUGCUACCAGAUGACCGAAGGUCGUGUGUGUCAGAUUCACCUCCUCGAUGGCAGGAAGCUGGAGCUGCUGGUUCAGCCGAAGCUGCUGUCUCGGGAGUUGCUGGAUCUGGUGGCGUCUCACUUCAACCUGAAGGAGAAGGAAUACUUCGGCUUGUGCUUCGUGGACGACAAUGGCCAGAAUAACUGGCUCCAGCUGGAUCGUAAAGUGCUUGAUCAUGCCUUCUCCAAGACAUCAGGGCCACUGGAAAUCAAGUUUCUUGUGAGGUUUUAUGUUGAGAAGAUCACCCUGCUGAAGGAGAAUACGACCGUGGAGCUUUUCUUCUUAAACGCUAAAUCUUUAGUGUUCAAUGAAACCAUUGAAGUGGAGAGCGAACAUGUUUUCAAGUUAGCCGCUUUCGCAUUGCAGGAGGCCAAAGGAGAUUAUUCCAGUGCUGAGACUACAGCAUCAGACCUAAAGCAGCUACCAGUUCUCCCCACCAGAGUACUGAGGGAGCAUCCAUCGCUGAACUACUGUGAGGAGAGAGUGAUUGAACAGUACAAGAAACUCAAGGGAGUGACCAGAGGACAAGCCAUCGUAAAAUAUCUGGCCCUGGUGGAAUCUCUGCCCACAUAUGGAGUUCAUUAUUACCCUGUGAAGGAUAAGCAAGGAAUACCAUGGUGGCUGGGAGUCAGCUAUAAAGGCAUCGGCCAGUACGAUUUGCAGGAUAAGUUGAAACCAAGAAAGUUGUUUCAGUGGAAGCAGUUGGAGAAUUUGUACUUCCGGGAGAAGAAAUUCGCAGUGGAAGUGAACGACCCACACAGAAGAGCAGUGACCAAACGGACUUUUGGACAAGCCGGCCUGGUUAUCCACUCCUGGUAUGCCAGCCACUCUCUGAUCAAAACCAUCUGGGCGAUGGCCAUCAGUCAGCACCAGUUCUACCUGGACAUGAAGCAAACCAAAUCCAACAUGACCACAACCAGAAGCUCGAGCGACAUCGCCGUGCACCUCACCGAGCUCAGCAUCCCGCGGAUGAGCAAACUCUCCAUUGUGGAGAGCAACGACCCGCUCAUCAUGGCCAGCAACGGCAGCCUCAUCUCCACCGGUUCCGCGGAUUCUGAAGUCAGCGAGGAGCAGAAGAAGGAGAAGAUUGCCGAGUUAAAAAAGAAAGAAAAGGACCUUCAAGAUACAUUGGCACAGAAGCUUGAAGAACUAAGAAAGAUCUGCUUGAGGGAGGCUGAGAUCACAGGGAAGCUGCCUAAAGAGUAUCCCUUGGCAGCAGGAGAGAAAGCCCCUCCGGUGCGUCGGCGCGUCGGGACGACUUUCAAGCUGGACGACCUGAACCUUUACGACAAGGACCCUCAUCUCAGAAACCUGGAGAGCAAGCGCGCCCUGCAGCAGAAGAUCGUGGAAGCGGCCGAGAGGCUGCUCAAAGAGGACGGCCUGGACAAAACGGUGAAGAGGAAAAGACGAAACAACCACCUGGACUCCAAGAAGAAGCUGGAGGACAUCGAGAGAGAGAUUCAUAACUACAAGGCAGGAGCCGCGCCUGGUCCGAGAGGCUCGUUAAUCUCAGCAGAAGACACACAGUGUUCAGAGCUCAGCUCUCUUUCUGGCAGCCUCACUCUGGAUGACGACGAUGAACUGGGUUCUCAGAGGGAGCGGUCUCGAUCGGUCCAGUACUCCCCAAGGCUGCACCACGCCGUGACUCUGGACAUCUUCCACAACAAAGACAGACGAGCCUCCACCAACGAACAGCUCUCAGCAGGAAGUUCCAGGUUAAAUUAUGACCCAGUCCAGGAAUCGCUCCACUACAGUCAAACUGAUGCGUUCUCAAGCAGGCGGCCCUUCAGACAGCCGUGUGACGCCCGCAGCAUGCCACCUACACCCCUCCUCACCCGCAACGCCUACAGCAGCACACAGCUCAGAUCGGCGGACGCUGCUCAGCAUUUCCACCAGAGAAGUGGGAGUUUUGAGUCUCUGUCUCAGCUCAUGAUGGAGACCAAACCGCCCAUACCGAAUAUCACCGUCUCCGCCGCUCGCCGCUGCAACAGCACCGAGGUCAUUGACGACGGCUCGUCGCACACCAGCCAAUCCAGCGUGGAGUACUGCGCGCCCGGCAACCACACGCAACGGCGGCGGCCGCGCGGUCGCCACAGAAAGGACCUGUACCCCAACACCGGCAGCAUGCCCAACCUCGCGCAGCCGGACACCCGCUGCUACGCCUACCAGCCCCAAGGGCAACCCAACGCCACGGCGUAUUACAUCACCGGCUACCCCAACCACCUGGAGCCGGAGCCUUACACCGCCAGAGUUUACAUGUACGAGGACGAGAGGGAGGGUCACUACAACGUCAACCCCUCCUACCACCACUACCACCAAGCGCAGCAGGGUCACUACGGCCACGACCUCCACCCGCAGUACGGCUCGGACGUUAUGGACGGCGUUCCGCACAACGUCUACGCCACGAUACGGCCGCCCAGGAACCGGCCGGCGCCGCGCGGCACCGAGCCGGUCAGCAGGAGCAUCCAGAAGGCGAUGGUGGUGGAGCACCUGAAGGGCUGGUACCACCGCAACGCGCCGCAGAAACAGGGAACGUAUCACUGCGACUACGACAGAGGCUCACAGCACAGCCUGAGCUACCAGACCAUGCCGGCGCCUUAUCCUCACAACCACAGGAACAUGUACUACUCCUCAGUGUCGUCAGCCUCCUCCUCCGGCGGAAACUGGCACAUGAGUAAUCGUGGAAUGUCAGAUUACGACGUGCCCAUGCAUGAGUCGUUCUCCUCCUCAUACAGCACAGCUCCCUACGGCCACCCGACCCACAGCAGCCCCCUCCCUCUCACGCACAGAUGCCUCCCAGACACUAGGAUGGCGGGCCCUGCGGGGCCUUUAGGGAGGUUUGCCCCGGCCACUGACCGGGACAAUUCACCCAAUAAUUUUCGGUCUCAGCAGAUGAGAAAGGAUCCACCGUGGAUGUGAGCCACAUGGACUCCCAAGUGAACAACCAAACACACGGCAUGGAACCAGAGGAGCAGAUUUUCUGGCACGAAGGCUCCAAACCAGGAACAAUAGUCUAGUUCUGCAGGAUUCCUUCGUGCUGACGAGCUGUCAUUGUGCCUUCGACUGCACUUACUAGUUUUGUUUUUGUUUAGCUUUUUUUUGUGUGUGUCUAAAAUGGACUUGAAGAAUGAAGGAUUAAUGGAACUAGACAAAUGAAGUGCUGUGUUUCAGUUUUCUGCUGAAGGCGCCGACUGCAGCCUCAGCGGAGCGUCUUGUACGUCGGGGCGUUUGCGGCCGUCGUCGCCUGUGCACUGAAACCGAACCCGCUGCAGGCCGAACGCUUCAGCCAGAGGGCGAAUUCAGACUGAACUUUAACAGUGUUUGCCUUCAGAGAUGCCACCUUCACACCAACUCACACCGUCUCUGCUAAAAAAAAAAAAAAAAAAAAAACCUGAGCGAAGACGAACCACUUCGACAACUGACCUGUUUUUGUUUCGUUUCGUUAUUGAACACUGGAACCAUGAAGGAGGAGCCAAACAUCAACAUGAAGGAUUGAACUCAUUAAAAUGAGUUAUAAAAAUAUAUAUAUAUUUUUUACACACCCAAUGAUUCAAACAACCAAGCCGCUCCCUUUGCAGUCUUUCAAUCGAUCACCGAGAUACGCGAGCCAAAUCCUUAUUCGUAGCACCAUGUGAGUAUUACAGGUCACCAGUUUGAGAUUACUGCCACUUCCUGCUUUGUGUUUGUUUUUACUUGGUUUAUUUGAUCCAUGCUGGAAAUCAUGGGCCGGUGCUCGUCCGUUCUCUCCAGAGAACGAACUUGUAUGUAAGUGUUAUUGUAAAUACACUGGUUCUCUCCUUUUUUUUUUUUUUAAUGCAUUUUUUUAUAUAUUUGGGGGGGAAAGCACAUGUAAUAUAUAGUGAACAAUAAUUGUUAAGCUGGUUCUUAGUUAUUUGUAUAAUUCUGCAUUUGUUUGUAAUAAAAGAAACAAGUAUUUGA